AUGGAAGCUUCAACCGCGGCGGAGGCACCAUCUCCGACGGUGAGUCAGAGAGAUCAAUGGAUAGUAGAAUCGCAGGUCUUUCAUAUUUAUCAACUCUUCGCCAACAUUCCUCCUAACGCCCAAUCUGUCAUGUUAGAGUUGCAACGAGAUAAGCACAUUGAGUACCUUUCCAAAGGACUUCGCCACCUCGGUUCAACUUUUUCCGUCUUAGAUGCAAAUCGACCUUGGCUGUGUUACUGGAUUAUUCAUUCAAUUGCUUUGUUGGGAGAAUCUAUUGAUGAUGGUCUCGAAGAUAACACCGUCGAUUUUCUUAACCGUUGCCAGGAUCCAAAUGGUGGAUAUGCUGGGGGACCUGGUCAGAUGCCUCAUCUUGCCACAACUUAUGCUGCAGUCAAUACUCUUAUUACUCUGGGUGGUGAGAAAUCUUUGGCAUCUGUUAAUAGAGAUAAGUUGUAUGGGUUUAUGCGGCGGAUGAAACAGCCAAACGGCGGAUUCAGGAUGCACGACGAGGGGGAAAUUGAUGUUCGAGCUUGCUACACUGCCAUCUCUGUAGCAAGUGUUCUGAACAUUAUGGAUGAUGAGCUGAUCAAGAAUGUCGGAGACUUCAUUUUAAGCUGUCAAACAUACGAGGGAGGCAUUGCUGGUGAGCCUGGGUCUGAGGCUCAUGGCGGGUAUACCUUUUGUGGGUUAGCUGCAAUGGUUCUGAUUGGUGAGGUUAAUCGCUUGGAUCUGCCUCGUUUACUUGAUUGGGUUGUGUUUCGGCAAGGUAAAGAGUGUGGGUUUCAGGGGAGAACGAAUAAGUUGGUGGAUGGAUGCUACUCGUUUUGGCAGGGAGGUGCUGUUGCCCUAUUGCAAAGAUUACAUUCUAUUAUCGACGAACAAAUGGCAGAGACAUCACAGUUUGUUACAGCAUCUGAUGCACCUGAAGAAAAGGAAUGUUUGGACGGAACCUCAAAUCACGCAACUUCCCGUAUCAGGCAUGAAGGCAUGAAUGAAUCCUGCUCAUCUGACAUUAAAAAUAUUGGUUAUAACUUUAUUAGUGAGUGGAGAGAAAGUGAACCACUUUUUCACAGCAUGGCCUUACAGCAAUAUAUUCUUUUAUGUUCACAGGAGCAAGAUGGUGGACUCAGGGACAAACCGGGUAAACGCAGGGAUCAUUAUCAUUCAUGUUACUGUUUAAGUGGGCUGUCACUGUGCCAGUAUAGUUGGUCAAAGCGCCCAGAUUCUCCACCGCUGCCUAAGGUAGUAAUGGGCCCAUACUCCAAUCUCUUAGAACCCAUCCAUCCUCUCUUUAAUGUUGUUUUGGAUCGAUAUCGUGAAGCUCAUGAAUUCUUUGCUCAGUUGUGA